AUGGAGAGAUCGAAAUCGAAACCAGCCCUCGGCCAAGCAUGCACCUAUGGCCAAGCAUGCACGCAUUGCUACAAGGCCAAGUGCCGGUGCGUGCGUGCUCCAAGUGGUGAUACUUGUGAAAGGUGUCUCCGUCUCAAGAAAAGGUGUGAGCCAUCACAGUCGGUUCGCCGGCGGAAUGCUCAGAAGGCCCAGACAGACACAGCGUCUGAUAGGCGGAUCGCUCGACUGGAAGACAAAAUGGAGAACUUGUUAUCCGCUAUGCAAUGUAUCAUCGGUUCCACGGCGGCUCCGGACUCUGCUGUCCACACCCUUCAACUCGGCCACGGAGACAGGGUUUCAUCGUCCACGUCUUCUUCGAAUACCACUCUAGUAACCCCUGCGAGCACUUCUCUCGGCUUCAGUGAGGGACCGAACUUCACGAUAGAGGCGAUUCAGUAUUCUCUGUCUACUCCCGCUCCAUCGCCAAAUCAAGCAGACGAACGGCUCGAUUUCUUCCGGUCCCGAAUGCUGCCAUUUUUUCCGUUCAUCGACCUGACCCCAGACAUGACAAGCUGCUAUCUGCGCCAGAACAGGCCUUUCUUGUUCCAAGCCAUCCACACCGUGACCACAUUCUCAACCCAGGAAAGACUGACUCAGGUGGAGGAGCUGAAGCGUCUCCUGUUCACAUCAGCCUUGCUCAAGGUCCAGUCAAAUAUCGACCUGCUGCUUGGAUUACUAACAUACCUAGCAUGGAGUACUGACCCUUUUCUUGGCGGAGCUGAUCUCGUCUCUCGCCUCAUGAUGCUCGCCAUUUCCCUCGUCUAUGAUCUGCGAUUGUUCAAACCAUCCUCACCAGACGUGCAACUCAUGAUGACUAUAACCCAGGGGCGGGCGGAUGACAAUAAUCAGAGCCACGACGACGAAACGCCCUACAGCUUAUUGGAAAGGCAGCGGGCAGUACUGGCGUGUUUUAUUUUGAGCUCCAAUAUUGCGACACACCUUGGGCGUCAAGACGCUUUACGAUGGACGCCUCAGAUGGAAGAGGCUCUUCGAGUCCUGUCAAUAAGCCAAGCAUGCCCUGCAGACAGGCUAUUUGUCUCUCAAGUCCGCUUGCAGUUGUUAAAGCAAAGAGCGGACGACGUCCGACAACAAGACGAGGCUCGUACCGGAACAGCUCCUGCGGCGAUUUCAGCUCCUCGCCUAUUGUAUCUCAAGACUUUACGUAGGGAGCUCCAUGAGCUAAGAUCUUCGUUUCCUCAAGAUCUGCCCCAGCUAGACAUUCUCAAUGCACACGCCCAAUACGUCGAAUUAUACAUAAAUCAGCUCGCCUACUCCGUCAGUCAAGACUCUCAUCCUCUCAGUCUGUCUGGAGUACUAGGAUUCGAACGCCUGGAAUGUUUGUGGCGGUCGGUUGAGAGCAUCAAGUCGUGGCUGGACCAUUUCUACCGGAUCCCUUGCUCGCAACUUGUCGGCCAACCUUUUCAUUUUUGGUCCCAGAUGAUUCUGACAGUCACAUUGUUAAAAUAUCUAUCAACACUCCAAGACCCAGAAUGGGAUUGCCAAGCUGUGCGGAACACGGUUCACUUGAUCUCGACAAUGGACUGUAUGCUGCAGAAGCUCGAUCUGAGCAGCAAGGAGCCGGGACUUCAGUGCGAUGACCAUCUACUCAAGUUUUUAUCGAAGCUUUUAACAAGGUGUCGCCUGUGGGCUGAAGCUCGGUGGCAUGACGAGGAAACCAGGCCCUGCCGGAGUGCAAAUACUCACACCGCUAGUAACAAUCACCCUAUCCCAGAUCUAGAUCAGAUGGUCUGGAUGCAGUCGAUGGAUUUGGGGGAUGAUCAGUGGUUUGAAAAUGUACUCGGUAUGCCUACUACAUUCUACUAG